GCUGCUGUCCUCAUCUCCCCAGUAACCCGACCACAACAGUGAGCUGGGAGCGCCGAGGGCAGUUCGGGGACUGCGGCAGGAGCGCCACCCUCUUUGACCGAGAUGCCUUUGGGACCCUCUGCUGGGAGCACCCGCUCCGAAGAUGGAAGCGAGGUCCUCCUGGAGGGAAUGGUGGAUUGGGAGCUGAGCCGUCUGCAACGACAGUGCAAAGUGAUGGAGGCUGAAAGGCGCGCCUACAGCAAGGAAGUCCGUCAGCGCAUCAACAAACAGCUCGGGGAAAUCCAGCACCUACAGGAGGUGCGGGACCAGCUCCAGACACAGAUUCGCGUGGCCGAGAACCAGGUGAAGCGGCUGCGGGACGGCCAGAGGCUGCAGAGCAUGGGCCAGCUGCUGUCCGCCCGGGCGCAGGUGCAGGUCAAGAUUGAUGAGCUGAUGGAGCAGAUCAGAAUCCUGGACAAGGAGAUCCAGGAAUGGGAGGCCCGGAUUUUGGCCCAAAGCAAGAAGUGCAAGUCCCUGUGCUUCAUGACUCAGAAAGCCAAGGUGUGGCGCAGGGUCAAGAUCCUGGAGGACCAGCUGGAUAGGGUCACCUGUCACUUUGACACUCACCUGGUGCGGAAUGCGGCCCUACGGGAGGAGUUGGACCUCCUGCGGAUCGAGAGGAACCGCUACCUCAGUGUGGACCGCAAAUUGCGGAGGGAGACCCAGCGGCUUCAGCAGAUGGUCAGCAACCUCAUCGUCUCCUCCACCUCUGCCUACUCUGUCAGGGAGGAGGCCAAAACGAAGAUGGGGAUGCUGCGAGAGCGGGCGGAGAAGGAGGAGGUGCAGAGCGAGGGGGAGGUGCAGGUGCUGCAGCGGCAAAUUGCACACCUGGAGCAGCUUCAUCGGUUCCUCAAGCUCAAGAAUGACGAGCGCCAGACAGACCCAGCUGUCCUGGCCCGGCGUAGUCUGCGUGCCCAGGAGGUGGCCUCGGGGCUCCGGAAGACGUCACAGGAGCAACUGGUGCUGCGUUAUGAGGAUGCUUUGCACAAGCUGUCUCAGCUGACAGGGGAGAAGGACCCCGACCAGCUGGUAGACAAGUACCUGGAGAUGGAGGAGCGCAAUUUCGCCGAGUUCAACUUCAUCAAUGAGCAGAACUCUAACGUGGAGCAUCUGCAAGAAGAAAUCAAGGAGAUGCAGGAGGCACUGGUGCAGGCGCACAAGAGUGAGGACAUCCGCCACUCGACUGAGCAGCAGCAGCAUGCAGCCUCCCUGAGGCGUGAAGAUGAGCUGCGUGUGGAGGCGGAUGCCAUUGAGGCCCGUUUCCAAGACUUGGAUGCUCAGCUGGAGAAGCUCAAGGCUGGCAUCCAGCACCUUUUCAGUGAGGCCCAGUGCGACAGCAGUUCCAUCCAGGACCUCCUGGGCGUGCAGGACCGUGACAUUGGCCUCUUCUUGGGUCUCAUUGAGAAGCGCCUGGUGGAGCUGCUCCUGGUGCAGGCCUUCAUGGAUGCCCAGACUUACACUACCAGCACUUUGAGUAACGCAGCCCUCAUGGUGCUGGGCCAGAGCUCCGAGGAUGCGCCCAAGAGGAUGAUCCUGCCACAGCCCCCCAUUAAUUUGGAGGACCCCCCAGGCUUUGAGGCCAAGGAUGACUACCCCAUGAGUCGGGAGGAGGUCAUGAACCAAGUGACCAGGAUGGUGAGACUGGAGAUGGAGGUACAGCAGGAGAUGGCAGAUGGACUGAGGAUGGCGGACAGCACCCCAAACCUUGGCGGUACCCGGGGACUUCCCCGGAGCCCCGGCAAUAUCCUGGGCCCCCGGACCAGUACUGUGGGGUCCUCAGGCAGCCGCCCUGCCAGCUCCACUGUUGGCCGUGUUACCUUUGGGGACCCCAGCUCCAGCGGGGGCCCCACCACCCUCAGCUCCUCCAGCACCCGAGAAGGUCCUGCGAGUCGCGUGACCUUCAAAUCCCCCAGUUUAAGUGACAACCUGGGGUUCACUGGAUACUUGGGGUUCAACCGGGGCCAGGAUGGUCUGGACGCCUUGCAGAAAAGAGGCAGGUCUGAGUCCAGCUUGGCUUUCGGGUCCGGCAAAGGCCGCAGCCAAAGCAUUGGGCCUCGGUCCAACAGCGUUCCCAGCUCCACCCUGAGCAAGGAUUCUGAGAGCAACAUCUAGGGCCUC